AUGGUGCUUGUCAGAAAUUGGACUGUAAGCAGUAAUGAUGACUUGGCACAUCUUGAAAAUUUAAACUCCAGCUUGGCACAUCUCAGAAGUGUAAACUCCAACUUGGCACAUGUUGGAAAUUUGAACUCUUAUUUGGCACAUGUUGGAAAUUUGAACUCCAACUUGGCACAAGUUGCAAAUUUGAACUCCAGUUUCAUGCUUGUUGGAAACGGAGCAGUAAAUAAUUUGGUGCGUGUUGGAAAUUUGGCUCUGAGCAGUAAUGUUAACUUGGCAGAUGUUGGAAAAUUUGGCUCUGAGCAGUAA